AUGAAAAACAACGUUUUACCAAAGAGUAUGUUAGAGAACGCUCAUGGAUCUGGAAUACCUAUGUAUGAUUUAUGUGUAAUUGGGGCUGGUAUGAUAGGUUCUGCAACUGCAAAACAUGUUUCGGAAAUCAAACGGGAGAACCAGAGAAUUUGUCUCAUUGGACCCUCUGAACCAAAGGAUCGACACAACGAUACAGAGAGGGACAUCUACGGCGCGCAUUACGAUGAAGGUCGUAUUGCAAGGACAACCGAUUCCAACCCGGUUAGGGCAACGUUGGCCGAGCGCUCCAUUAAAGUCUACAGAGAACUUGAACGGCAAUCUGGUGUUCGUUUCUUCUCCGAAGUCGGAUAUGUGGCUUUGGCGAAGAAGGACAGUAUCUACAUAAAGAAAAUAAUUGCUGCAUCCGCCAAAUGUCAUUUGAACUUUGAGGUUUUGAACUCAAGGAAAGCCAAAGUAGAGUUCCCUUUCCUCAACGUAAACGAUAACGAUUCCUGUAUAAUCGAAAAGAAAACUUCUGGUCACAUCAAUCCAAGAAAUUUGAUUCAAGCUCUGCAAUUGGUUGCCAAACAAAACGGAUGUGACAUCAUUGAUGACGUUGUGAAUGGCGUACAGAGUAUUACUAGAGCCAAUUCAGAUACAUAUUCAGAAAUCACAUUGUCUUCAGGCCAGAAGCUAUUUUCUAAGAAAGUACUUCUAGCAACGGGGGCUUUUACAGCCUUCAGAAAUCUUCUACCAAGACAUCCAGAGCCGAACAUUGCGUUGAUAUCUCAGACUGUGUUAAAAGUUGAAAUCGAUGAACAUGAUGCUUACAAGCUAAGAAACAUGCCUAGUAUAUCAUAUGACCAACAAGAAGAGACGCAAUGCCUUCCAAAUAAUGUACUUAGCCAUGCAUACAUUCUCCCACCCAUUAGAUACCCGGAUGGGAAGAUCUACAUCAAAGUUGGUCAUGGAUCUGACUUUGAAAUGACUUUGACCUCCUCAAAAGAGGUCGCAGAAUGGUAUCAGGGUCAUGGUCACCCAGAUGCAAAGCAACCCCUAUUGGGCACUCUGCAACAUGUUGUUAAAGGGUUUACACCACUUUCAACAACAUGUGACACAUGUGUGACUACAAGAACGCCCACUAGUCGUCUGUACAUAGAUAUGCUAAGUCCGACGCUAGGUGUCGCUAUAGGUGGCAAUGGCUGGGCUGCCAAAUCGUGCAUAGAAAUAGGGAAGAUUGCUGCACUGAUGGUGACGUCAGAUAGUGGACACUGGACCUACGACAUUCCAAGGGAGAAUUUUAGAUUUUGUACAAAGAAGCUAUCCAAAUUAUAG